GGCUGAACGAUCUAUCGUUUUCGACCGAAAACCGCGAUCUCAAGCAACGCGAUUUUGGGAAUGUCAAAGCUGCGGUUUUUCUUGGUGCAUAUUAGCCCAAUAAUUCCUCAAUAAUUCCAAUGCAUGCUCAUGUAGAAAGGCUCUGUGUCGGCUAUUUCCAAUCAGAAAAGGCUCUGUGUCGGCCAGAACCAAUCAGAAAGCUGAAAGGCUGCGCGUGACCAGAUGACGUUUUCAGUGUAGCUCGUAAGCUCGAGAUUCAAUUUCAAGAUGGCUGAAGCGGGAGCAGACGUGGAGCCGACAAAAUUAAUACCAAAGAAAAACAGCACGUCGGUCAUUUGGCAGUAUUUUGGAUUUGAGGCCACUGAUGAGCACCAGAAACAGGUGAUUUGUCAAACAUGUCGUGGGAAAGUGGCUACAUCGGCUGGCAAUACCACCAAUUUACAUCGUCACUUGAGAGUCCACCACCUUAACUUGUAUGAGGAUUGUAUGGCGAAAAAGAGCCUUGAAACAUCAAGUAGCAGUGAUACUUCAGCAAAACAGCCAACCAUAACUUCAUCCUUUGCCAGUUUGACGCCUUAUGAAAGAACUAGCCGAAGACACAAGGAGAUUACCACUGCCGUAACGAAUUACUUAUCGAAGGAUAUGGUGUCUGUAAACACAGUAACCAAAGACGCAUUUAAAAGUUUGCUACGCACAAUGGACAAGAGGUAUGUUCUACCCUCCCGCACCUACUUUAACCGAGUCGCCAUCCCACAGCUGUACGGAGAAUGCAAGGCCAAAGUUGUAAAUGAGCUGGAAAACAUGGAGUUUUACGCGUCAACUACGGAUCUGUGGUCAAGUAGAACGACCGAGCCAUACAUGAGUUUGACGGUGCAUUUCGUGAAUGCAAACUUUGAGUUGAGAAGCCGCUGCCUGCAGACAGCAUACUUCCCCACUGACCAUACGGGGGAGAACAUUGCAAUUGGGCUUAAAGAGUGCUUGGCAAACUGGGGCCUAAAAGAAGAGGCCCAGACCUGCAUCACAACAGACAACGCCACGAACAUGGUCAAAGCGAUGGAGCUCAAUCAGUGGACCAGACUGCAGUGCUUCGGGCACCGGCUGCAUCUUGCAAUUGAAAAUGCAGUCAAAGAUGACCAACGCAUCAAACGGGCCACAGGACUGUGCAAGCAGCUGGUAGCAGUCUUCAGCCACAGCUGGAAGAAAAAGGCGGCGCUAAAACAGGCACAGGAAGACCUGAAUCUUCCUCAGCAGUCAAUGGUCACCGAAUGUCCGACACGAUGGGGCUCCCGGCAGAAAAUGAUUGAGAGGGUGUUGGGACAGAGCAAGGCACUGUGCCAAGUUCUGUCUGAAGACAGGAAGACGCGGCACCUGGUCCCGACUUGGCAAGACACUGAUGUGCUUGAAUCUGUAAACAAUGCUCUCGGUCCUCUUCAGGAGUUCACAGACGCCCUCUCAGGUGAGGACUAUGUGAGCGUAUCCUACCUAAAGCCAGUGCUCCACCUGCUGAGAACAGCAACACUUGCUGUAACUGACCAAGACACAGAUCUCACAAAGGAGAAAGUCAAAAGCUCUCCACUACAUUGA